UAAUGGUUUAUAAAUUAUAUUUUUGAAAAAAAUAAUUCUGACUCCAGUAUAAAAGAUUUCUGGCUCCCCACUGACAUUACAUUGUUCGAUUCUUUUGGUAAACAUUUUUGUCUGUUAUAAAUUAAUUUGUGUUAACGAUGAUGAAGUUGUCCAUACAAUGGAUUGUGCGGCGAUUAGUUUAGGGUCCCCCCUCCAAAAAAAUCAGUGAACCUAAAAUAAAAUUAUAUUUCCCUAGACUCUUUCCAAACGAUCAAAUGAAUUUCACGUGUUCCACUUUUGUUCUGCCUAAUUUACAAAAUUAUUGAUUUUAUUUUUUCUACGCGAGCCUAACUCGUUCAUUCUUCUGAAAUCUCAACCCUUCGAAAUUGACCACUCCACUAAAAAGAGUAUACAAAAAGUCAAAUAUUUUUCUUAGAAGACCUAAUUUUUCAAACACUUCUUCGUUGACCUGUGGCAUCACUCCCUCGUGUAUAAAUAGCAUUCCCGUCCUUUGUUACUCUUCAUCCAAAUACAUUCAUACACAUACAAACACACGCAACACACAUUCCCAUACAAAAAAUUGUUUGCAAUUUCUCUUCUUUAAAUUCUAGCAAGGCGAUAAAAGAAUGAAUACAUUCAAGAUAUCCCAUUUCGUUUUGGUGAUCCUAAUGGUUUUAGCCAUUGGUAUAACACUUAGUGAACCGCUAAGGGUUGAGGCGAACCACCGAGACAGAUAUGGUCGGUUGAUAGCCUCUACACGGGGGAGAAAAGGUUGGAGCCGUACAAGUGCAGCAAUGACAUGUGACAAAAGCCCCCGAGUAUGUCGUCUCAAAGGAAGUUCAGGCCGUGCUUGCUGUCGUAAGAGGUGUGUGGACUUGAGGACCAACAAAUUGAACUGUGGAAGAUGUGGGAAAAGCUGUCAAUACUCGGAGAUUUGUUGCAACGGGUAUUGUGUAAACCCAAUGUUUAAUAAGAGACAUUGUGGAGGUUGCUUUAAGAAGUGCAACAAAGGGAGAUCGUGUGCCUAUGGAAUGUGCAGCUAUGCCUAAAGAAACAAUGGGGCUACUAAGGUUAUUGAGAAAAAAGUUUAAUUUGUUGGUUUAAAUUGGAUUACAUUCAUAUUACAAUCUUUAAUAAAUAAUAGAAAACAUUAUAUCUAUAGCUUACACAAGGGUGGUCAAAUUGUUAUUAAAAUUCCGAAGGGUCCUGUAAAAGUUUGUCAUCAUUUUAUUGUUUAAUUUUCAUGUUCUCGUGUCAUGUAAAAAACCAAUGUACUAAUCUUCAAUGACGUUUUCAGUUU